AUGCGCAGACUGAAAGCUGAUAACCGCAACUGGUUCCGCAGGUCUCAUUGGCUCGUUGAGCAACCGCAAGUGUCACCGCCUUCCCUGCCACCUUGUGGAGUGCCUAUUUCGCUAAGAAUUCAAAGCUACUCGGAGCACGCGUUGUGUUUCAUAGAACUUGUUCCAAAGCUGAUCAAUCAAAGCUGCGAUCAAGAAUAUCAACUCAGGGAUCAGACUCUGUUGUGUAUACGCUACAUGAUGGAAAGGAUGGUGGAUAGGAGAGCUCCAAUAGUACAGAAAUUCUAUAAAGAUCUUGCCACCUCUUAUUUGAGCACGGUGAAAAGUCUCCUCUUCAUGCCUUCGCUCAGCCGACAAGGAUCUUUCGGUGAGUUCCUCGGUAAAGUAGAUGUGCACUACCUUGCCUCUGUCUCCACCAUAACCUCAAUACCGGGCCUCGCGCUUCUCUUAACUGAACGGAGCUUGUGA